GAGAUAUCCAGUGGUCCACUUUAGGCUACUUUUUCAAGAAAUCUUGUGAUUUUGUCUGAAGAAACUUCUUGUCCCAUAAAUUUUACAUCUUGCCGUUUGACCAAUUCAUCCUGUCUCUACACUGUCUUAAGGCAAGCAUAAAUCCCGAAGCGAGUGAUGUUGCGAUGGCUCCGAUUACAGCCCGGCCAAGAUGGCAAACUAUGGACAUACAUAGUUCUCCUCCUGUUGGUUGUACAGAACAUGACAUCUAUAAUAUUGCAACAUACGCUACAAUCGCAGCCGAUUACAAGUCAUGACAGGUUCCAGCCUUUGUCUGGCAUUAUCCUGAUUGAAAUAUCCAAAUUUGCCAUUUCUGCAAUUUGUGUCAUGCAUUCCGAUGCAGGCCCAUCUCUGUGGGAGGGUUUCAGUGGCACCUUGCUUAAUGCUUCUAACGACACCACCGUGUCGGCAGUACUCUUUACUGUCGCUACUGUUUUACAGAGCAUGGGAGCUUACUAUCUUGACCUUGUUCCCUAUCUUGUCUUGUCUCAACUCAAGACUCUCGUAACACCCGUAUUUGCGAGAAUUAUAUUGAACCAAAGAUAUCCCCUCAAAAACUGGAUAUUCAUUGCCUUGAUGUCACUUGGCAUUGUUUUGGCUCAGCUUGGAUCUGGCUCUGACAAGACAAGUGCAAAGAGUCUCAAGGUUCAGUCGAUGAUGCGCGGAGCAAUUGUGAUGUUACUGGCAGGAGUGUGCGUUGCCAUAGGCAGUCUGUGUAUUGAGAGAACUAUGAAGAGAUCUGGUCUUCUUUUCCUCUGCAACGCUCAACUGGCGGCUUACAGUUCCUCUUUCGCUCUGGUUUACUUUUGCUGGCUUACGAAGUUUAGCUUCGGGGAUUUUUUUCGAGGGUUCAAUAUUUUUGUUUGGAUAUACUUAGCCCUACAAGUUUCAGGAGGUUUCCUGGUUGCUCGGUGUGUUCAGAUGACCAGCACGGUAACCAAGAAUUACGCUCAGGGUCUCGGGUUUGCCUUGGCCGUCGUGGUGCCUCGAUUAGUGACCCACCAGCAAAUCAGUCUUGAGCUACUGGUCGGAGUUGGUCUCGUCUUAGCCUCUGUACUGGGGUCUAGCUCUUUCAACCAAAGAAAACCGGCUAUGAAUGAGAUGGAACAGAAAGGUAAUGACUUGAAAAAAUGCGAAGUGUGAAUUUGAAUUUUUCUUCCGAUACAAUAUGAUCAGGGUCAUAGUUCCAGGGCCAUGGCACAAAAAUGAGGUCGUCAGUAAAUAAUACCUGAUCGGUCAGUGACGGCAAUCUAUUCCUAUACCGCC